AUGGAAAGAGCAGAAGCAUUAGCUAUAUCACAUUUAUUAAGAAAUCAUCAACCUAGAAAUAAUAAUAAUAAUAUUAAUAAUCAACAUCAACAAAAUAAUACAAAAAAUAUAAUAAUGAACAAAGUACAAACAAGAAAUAUAAUUUGGAGACCACCAACACGUCAACAUAGAGUCAAUUUUGAAAAUUGGAAUGGAAAUUCUACACCCGUUGGUGUAUCUAAAAAUCAAGAAGGAGGCUUAAUUUUACGAUGA